AUGGGAAAUAGAUUAAAACUUGUUCUGGAAUCAGUGAUAUCAAGUGAACAAAGUGGAUUUUCCCCUGGUAGAUCAAUUUAUGAAGGUAUAAUUCUUGCACAUGAAGCUGUUCACUCUAUUCGGAUGGCAAUGACAGAAAAGAUGAUGGUCAAGGUGGAUAUAAGGAAAGCUUAUGAUGAGGAAGGCCAAUCAAGAAUUGAAGAUUUUCAUGGAGAUUUUAUAUUGGAUGAUGUGAUUAUGCAACGAUUAAUAUUUGGAUGGUGGUUGUGUGGUGAUCGGCAGAUGAUGUCAUCAUGUAGUGUUAAACGUGCAACCUUUUUGUGA